AUGCACCACCCGAUCCACCGCGUGACUCGGAUUUCGAUUCAACCGAUGAAGCAUUCGUUGAGGUGGAUGGCUGCUCGUCCGAGCUUUCACUCGCUUGCUCGGAUGCCUCUUCGGAGUAGAUCGAUUCGGAGGGUUCCGAUGACUCUUCGGUGGUUGAACGAGACCGCGAAUCGGCGACAGAUCGGGAAAUUGAUCGAGACGCAGGCGGAUCGUGACGCAGAGGAAGAAGAGGCUCUCGUCUCACCGCUCGCUGCCGAUGAUGUGCUCGCCUCUUCCGAGCAG